AUGAGCGCUUCGGAAUUCCUAGAAUCGUCCCCAAUUUCUAUCGAUGAUGUCCCAAUUGACUUCGAACUCCCAGUGCCUUCCACGCCUGCUUCUUCUGCCGAGAGCUCAUUGACGCCGUUCUCCCCGCCGCCGACGACAUUGCCCACUCCUGAUAAGUACGAUACGCGUCUUUGGGGACAUUUUCCGGGUUGGGUAUGGUCAGAAAGAAGCAAAGACAACUACUCAUGGGCUUGGGAAUAUGGAUACGACAUACAACAUGACGACGAGCGCAGAUGGGUCUGCAAGCCGUGUAUUCAGAAGAACGACCCCAGACCUAAGAAUUUCGUUGCUAUUGGCCUUCAGAAUGCGCUGAAUCACUUAUACAAGGAUCACGGAAUAUCUGCACCAGAUAACAAGACAAAGUCCGGCUUGCAAAAGAAAGCCGAGGAGAAGCCAGGGAGCAAGAGGCCAAGAUCGAUUGUGGAUAUAUGGAAGCUCGACCCUUUAAGACCUCGAGAACAGGCGAUUGCCAACUCUAUGAUACGCGGAUUUAAUCGAAAUCACUUUCAACGUCUCCUGAUCGAGUGGAUAGUCGACACGAAUCAGCCCUUUAGUGUUGUUGAACAUGAGAGACUCCGGGAUAUCUUCGAAUACCUUAACCCUGCAGUCAAGAUCACGAACGCCAACAUCUCUGAUACCACAGUUCGCGCGCUCAUCAACUCCGAAUUUAAAAAGCACAAGGCGCGCGUCAUUGAAGCCCUGCGAAAGAGCCCCGGCUUAAUACACGUCAGCUUUGACGGAUGGAGGGCGCGGAAUCGACACUCGUUAUACGGUAUCGUGUGCUUCUUCAGGGACGAGAAUAGCAAGCCCCACAAGGUCGCUCUGGGGGUCCCCGAAGUCCGCAGACAUUCGGGGAACAACAUUGCAACAGAAGUCCUUUAUACCAUCGAGGCUUUUGGCAUCGAGGAGAAUAUUGGGUAUUUUACCCUUGACAAUGCCGAGAACAACGACACAGCACUUGAGGCUAUUGGCAAAAAGCUCGGCUUCAAUGGCGCUCGAAGGCGAGGCCGCUGCUUCGGCCAUAUAGUCAAUCUGUCUGCGAAGGCACUACUGUUCGGGAAGGAUACAGACGCGUUCGAAGAACAACUUUCUGGUGCAGAAGCGCUGUCUGAAGCCGAAUACGAACUUUGGCGACAGAAAGGGCCGGUUGGGAAGCUCCAUAAUUUCGUCGUGGAUGUUGAUCGAUCGGACAGACUGACAUACCUGUUGAAAGAACUUCAAGAGUACGACAUAUCCAUGUCGGACGAUCCGAAAAUACGGUCAAAAAGCCCCGUCUCGGUAGUGCUAGAUAACGAUACGCGCUGGCUUUCCCAGCUCUAUAUGAUCCGCCGCGCCUUGAGACUUCGAAGGUACUUCGAACUGCUAGUCGCGAAGUUCCGAAUCCAAUGGGAGGAGGAGAAUACAUCAAAAAGAACUGGCCAGUUGAAAAAGUCGGCUGUCCGGCCUCGAAUCCUUAGAGACGAGAACCAACUUACGGCCAACGAUUGGUCUGUACUUCAACACUUCGCGACGAUCCUUGGAUACUAUGAAGAUGCAGUCAAGACUCUAGAAGGCGACGGUUUAAUCAGGAAACGCAAGAGGGGUUAUACUGGUUCAUAUGGAAACGUUUGGGAUGUGAUCAAUGGGUUUGAAUUCCUGCUUGGCAAGCUCGAAAAAUAUAAGGCGAUGGCAAAAGAUUUUCCUGACCCCGAACAGCAGAGACCCAAUCAACUAAAUCAACUACACGGCAUCUGUCAAUUUAGAGUAAGUGUAGAUUAG